AUGAUGGAUUCUGCUCCUAUAACAAUGGAUGAAGUGGUUGAUGGAGCUAAUGAACAAAAAACGGGAGAAACUGGAACUGAAACAACAAUGGAUGUAGAUAUUCAGGAAACAACAGUACAACGUGAAAUCGAUGAUGAGAUCAAAAUAAUACCAAGCAAUGAAGAAACGUGGAUGGACCUUCGCUUUGACACAAAAGAUCAUGGAUUGCUGUGGUACAAAUGCUAUGCACAUAAUAAGGGAUUUUAUGUUAGAGAAACAGGAGGGGUUAAGAGAACAAGCAAUAACAAACCGUGUGAAGUUGUAAGAUAUUUUGGGGGCAGAUGCAAUAAGGAAGGUUGGCGAAAAGGUAGUACAAAUAAUCCAGCAAAUGACGACCAUGUUGACCAACAACCUAGAAGCAGAAUUAGAAAAGAGGAUAGAUGGGAUUGCAAAGCAGUGAUACGCUUCCAGUUUGAAGAUAGUUCCCAAAAAUACUACAUUUCAAGCUGGUUAGAUGAGCAUAAUCACAAGAUGAUCCCACCAUCAUCAAGACAAUUCAUGAGAUCAAAUAGAACGAUGAAUGAAGUGCAAAAGUUCUUGAUUGACAUGUAUCACAAAGCUGGAAUAUCGAUACAAUCAUCAUUUCAAGCAUUAUGCUUGGCUCCCGGAGGAAGAGAAAAUGUUGGCUUCACACAAAUGGACCACAAGAAUUAUAUCCGUACUAAAAGGCAAAAAACAAUGAAGUUUGGGGAGGCAACAAUGAUUUAUCAUCAUUUCAAAAGUGAAGCUUCAAUGGACCCAGCUUUCUUUUAUGAGAUCCAAGUUGACAUCAAUGAAGAAAUUGCAAGUAUUUUCUGGGCGGAUGGACGCAUGAGAAUGGACUAUUUCUAUUUUGGUGACACCAUCAGCUUUGACACAACAUACCGCACCAACAAGAAUGCUUGCCCAUUAGCUUUAUUUAUGGGCUUCAAUAACUAUAGAGAAACAUGUGUUUUUGGUGCUGCCCUACUCUAUGAUGAGACAUCAGCCACAUUUGAUUGGCUCUUCAAACAAUUUCUCAUUUGCAUGAACGGGAAGGAACCGGGAGCUGUUUUUACCGAUCAAGCGGCAGCAAUUGCUGCUGGUAUUAGGACAGCAUUGCCGCGCACUUAUCAUGGGUUGUGCACAUUCCAUAUAACAAUGAAUGCAAAGAGUAAUGGGUUGUGGUGGUCACCAUUUUUGGAAGAGCUUUCCUUCUUGAUGUAUGAUUUGGAGACAGAGGAUGAAUUCGACUAUUAUUGGAAGAAGAUGCUUGAGAAUUGCUUCAAUGAAGAAGAAGAAGAAGAAGAAGGGAAGAAAUUAACAAGUAAGAUUGAGGCAUGGCUGCAAAACCUCCACAAAGUGAGAAGUAAAUGGUCAUCGGCAUGGCUGAAAGAUCAUUUUGCAUGUGGAAUGAGAAGCUCACAACUCAGCGAGAGUUGCAACAGCCAUUUGCGUAAGUAUCUCCAGUCGAAACUUACUUUGUGGGAGUUUUUUAUACAAUUCAACAACUUUCUUGAAGCCAAAAGACAUAAGGAGUUGAGAAGUGACUAUGAAGCAUUGAACACUAUUCCAUACUUGGUUUUCACAAACAGUGAGGUUCUUCAACAGUUUGUUACCAAAUAUACACAAAAUAUAUUUGGGAACAUGCAAGAUGAAUACUCCAAGUCAAUCAAAUACCAUAUACGACCAAACAACUCCAAGGAUAUAGAUGGAAUGUUUGCAUAUGAGCUUCACAAACUAGAUCAGCAAAGAAAUCCUAUUGAUAAGAGGAUUGUUAUUGUUGACUUUGUGGAGCGUAAGCUGAUUUGCUCAUGCAAGAUGUUCGAGAAGUGUGGAUGGCUUUGUCGCCAUGUGUUGCGCGCAAUAGAUCACCUCGGCUAUGGAGGACACCCAGAAAUCUUGAAUAUUCACACACGCUACAUAUUAAACAGGUGGACAUAUGAUGCAAAAUCUGGAGAUUUCACACUACCGGCAGUACAAGAUACAGCAGAGAGGGUGUACUGUUCAAUGGUGAAACAACUUACUGGAUCCAUGAAUUUGCUUGCAACACACACUUGUAUGGAUGAUGACAUAUACAAGAUGCUCGAGGAAGGAAUGCAAGCAUUGAAGAUUCGUGCUGAAUCCAUGAUGCCUGCCAUGAAGUUUGGCCAGCCUAGCACAAGCACAGAAGCAGAAUUGAAUCCAGCAACGGAAGGAAAGUAA